AUGCGCGCCUCUUCUACAUCCUCGAAGCCCAUGUAUGCGGGUCAGCCAUCUUUGCCGCUCCUCCCUGUCCCAGCACUGGAACAGACACUGAGCAAGUACUUGCAGUCUACGCUGCCUUUGCAGGAGUCGGAUGAGUCACUGGCUGUGACCAAGGCCGCCGUGGAGUCUGCUUUGAAGGGUAAGGAUGCAAAGCUUAUGCAGACUCUUCAGGAGCGACUUGUGAAGCGUGCCACCGCCGAGGGUCGUGAGAGCUGGCUUUCGGAAUGGUGGCUCUCUGCGGCUUACAUGUCGUACCGUGACCCUGUUGUGCCAUUCUCGAGCUACUUUUAUUUGCACAAGGGCGACCCGAAAGUGAAGACGGGUGUCACUCGUGCGGCGCAGCUUUUGAAGGCUAUGAUGGCGUUCCGCCAGCUGGUUGUAUCGGAAGACCUUGCUCCUGAGAAGACCAAGACCGGCUUUCUUUGCAUGGCUCCGUACAAGUGGAUGUUUAACUCUUGCCGUAUUCCUGUCGAGGGUGAAGAUGUAUCCAAGGCUUAUGACCCUGCUGUGAACAACCACGUCAUUGUGCUGCGCAAUGGCCACUUUUUUGCCGUGGAUCUUGUAAACAAGGUGACAGGCAAGGAGCUCAGCGUGCCUGAGAUUGAAGUCCAGCUGGAAAAGAUUGUGAACGACUCACGCACGCAGCAGCCUGCUCAAGCGCCGAUUGGUGCUCUCUCGUCGACAGACCGUGACACAUGGGUGAAGAACCAUGAGGCUCUUCUUUCGGGCUCGAAUGGUGAGCACAACCGUGCGAUCUUGGAGAAGAUUGAGAGCGGUGUGUUGGUCCUGUCGCUUGAUUCGUCGAAGCCUGUGACGUACGAAGAACGGAGCUUCGAUGUUUACGGUGGCAACGCCAAGAACCGCUUCUUUGACAAGCAGCAGCUUAUCGUGGCUGACAAUGGAACGUCUGGCUACGUCGGUGAGCACUCGAUGAUGGACGGCACACAGACCCUGCGUCUCAACAACUUUAUGCUGAACGCGUUAGCGGCUGGUAAGGUUGAGCUUGCUGGUCCCUCUUCGGGUGCUGUGUUGGAUGACCCUGCGUACCUGGAGUUCAAGGUCAGCGACGAUCUUGCGAAGGCUGCGAGCGAAGCUAGUGACGCGUUUGUGUCGCUGAUGGGCAAGCAGGAUGUGUCCGUGUUGGAGUUCUCUGCCUACGGCAAGGAGGCCAUUAAGGAAUACAAGUGCUCUCCUGAUGCAUGGGCCCAAAUGUGCAUUCAGCUUGCUUUUUUCAAGAUGUAUGGACAUGCUUGCGCCACCUACGAGGCGUCGCAGACACGGAAGUUCAAGCUUGGACGUACUGAGACGAUCCGCAGUGCCAGCGUGGAGAGUCUGGCGUUCUGCCGCGCCAUGGAGGAUGCUUCAUGCACGGACGCGGAGCGCCUCAAGCUGUUCCAGGCCGCUGCUGCGCAGCACAUCAAAUACGCGAAGGCUGCCUCGGAAGGUCAGGGUGUGGACCGUCACCUGUUUGGUCUGAAGCGCUUGAUUCAGGACGGCGAGACGACCCCUGCGCUGUUCCAGGACCCGAUGAACGCCAAGAGCGGUACGUGGAUUCUCAGUACCUCGCAGAUCAGUGCUGAGCUGUUUGAUGCCUGGGGCUUCGGUGAGGUGACCCCGAAGGGUUUCGGUGUGGCGUACUGCAUCAAGGAGAACUCGCUUGUGUUUACGAUCAUGUGUCUCAAGGAGGAGCAUAUUGCCUCGCGUUUCACGCACUGCCUUAGUCAGGCCGGUCUCGAGCUCCGCGCUCUGCAUGAUCGUGUGCUGUCGACUACCAAGUUGUGA